AUGGACACUCUUUUAGAUUUCUAUAAGGAAAUCUUAUCGGAAGAUGCACCAUUUCAAACAUAUUCAGUACUAUCUAUAUCUGUGGUUUUGUUUACGGCCCUCUGCAUCUUCAUUACAAACACAUGCAUUUUUAGUGAACUAGAUAAAAUUACUGCAAAGAUAGGAUACUCUACGGUUGGGUUUAAAAGCACUUUACUUUUAUUUGGGACUCUUUAUGCGCCAGUCAUUACUUCCUUGCAAGAUAUUAAACUAGGUGAUGCUGUGUGGCACCAUACCAUUGUGUUCAGUAUUACUGUCCUAUGCGGGUUCUGUAUUCUCUUGAAAAGAGGCAAGAAACGAGUCUGUGAAGAGAGUGUGCGCCACAUAAUCUUCUUCCAAACAAUUGGGACUCUGGCAUCUCCUAUGCUGGGCAUAUACUCCAUGCGGUCUUCCUACAGCAGCAUCUUUUUGUUUGCACUUUAUUUAAUAUACAUAGUACUUUUCUCUACGCACAGGAAGGAAGUUCAUAUUAACCUUCUGAUAGACCAGACUACGCGUAUGCCUUUUCUUGCAAGUGUAGUGGAUAAAAUACUUAAUAGAUCUAAAGAAGGCAGCCAAAAAGAGUGGGUGAGUACUUUGGUCUCUUCUGUUACGAUGGGGACUCUAGUUGGAAGAACCUUUUUUGGGAAAGACAGCAUACUCCUUGGGGUGGGCGUAUUCCUGGUUCUUUCAAUUCUCUCAAUGCAAACCAAAAAAACAAGUUGGUUUAGAAAUGCAUAUUCAUUUACAUGUGCUUGUAUUAUUCUUAAAGCUGUAUCGAUACACAUAUACAGCAUACUAAGGGUUCUAUUUUCAAGUGUAUAUAUGACAUAUUUAGGAUACAUUUUAAUUACCAAUAUAUAUCUUCUGUUUCCAUUGUGUGUGAUUUUGGCUGUGGGAAUGGCACAGAAGAGAUAUAAGCUUUGUUUUACAACAGCAUUAUCUAUGCCAAUUCAUGUGUUUCUAUUCCAAAAGGCAGUGUACCCUCAUGUAUACAUAAAUCCAUAUUACUUGUUGGUGGUGGAUAGAAUUACCCUGUAUUCUAUUAUUUUUAUUGCUAUUUCCACCAUACUUCUAUUUGCAAACAAUGAAAUUCGCUCUGGUCUCUUUGAGGUAGAAGUUGGAGGAAUUCUUCUUUCGCUCUACGUAGUGUACAUACUCUGUAUAUUAUGCCACCCAACACUAUCAAAAUAA